AUGCCGAAGUCUUUUUUACAGACAGUUCAGAGACCAUAUCCCACAGUGACCGUUGCGGCUGGAGUGCGACAGGACGAGCUGGACUCGUUACUACUUAGCGUAGGUCAUGCAAUCGCCAGUGGGCCGCAGCCGAUAGAGGUCACUAUAGCAGGAGGAAUUGGAACAGCUUCUCACGGAGGAAGCUAUGACGAACCAAGUCUGGGUGGCUACCUCGAGUCCGUACAAGUCUUCGAUUCUUACGGGAGACUUCGACAAUUUACGGCUUCUGAGAAUCGGAAUGUCCUGCGCGCCAUGCGAUGUCAUCUUGGUCUCCUUGGGGUCAUUGUCGAAGUAGAAAUGAUGGUGGAACCAGUCCAAAUGGUGUCACUCUUCACGGUAUUCGUCCCCCUCAGUCUUAUGCUCAAUGCCACUUUUGUUAAGGAAAUUGUAACGCGCAAUUUCUACGUGGAGGCACGCUGGGCGACUUACAAUUCCUUAACGGAAGAGGAAGUCCAAGAGACUAUGGCCACUGGAAGGGUACCCACCACGUGGAACAGUAAACGAGAUCUCGUGUGGCUGAGUUUUAUCAAUCCGAAUGGAACGGAGCCUGACCUUGACCUUGACUUUGACGUAAACUUUGACCUGAAUGUGACACCUAUUUCAUUCGGGCAGCGCAUAUUUGCUGCCCUCGCGACUAGAAGAUUUAUCGCUAAUCCAGUUGUUGUCCCAAAGCCUUUCGCCAUUCACGGCCUGAAUGCUAGCGCCAUUCCAACCGUGACUGCCACGGAAACAACCAUCAGAGAAAACCCUUCUUUCACAAGUAGUUGCCGCUUCAAUAGAGGGCGCUUCCUACGCUAA